UGCUCCUCGGCCUGCUCCAGCUGCUCCUCGGCAGCCUCAAGACUUACGUCUCCGUCCUCGGCUUCUUUGCCCUGGGUCUCGAGAGCACGCUUCCGAUCCCACAGGCCUUGAAAAACUAUGAACGAAAGUCGCUCGCCGGCUUCCGCACCAGCGUCCUCCUCGGCUGGGCCGGUGGCGAUCUCUUCAAGACGAUCUACUUUAUCGUCAACCACUCCCCGCUGCAGUUCACCGUGUGCGCCAUCUUCCAGCUCUCCAUCGACGCCCUCAUCUUUGUCCAGAUGCGCCUCUAUGCUGAGCAGACGGGACUGGAGGAGGAGGGGCAGCAGCAGCAGCAGCGCACGAGCCGAGCAGCCAGGCCGACCACACCAUCUUCCAGAUCGAAGCAGACGACGACGACGACGAGGAAGGCAGUGGCAAGGGGAGGCGGCGGCCCUGAGGGACACUUCAAGUAGAAAACAAGAGGAAGAGUGUUAUCAUUACUACUACACUGGCUGCAUUGAAUGAAAGCAUACUGUACAAAGGGAGAUCCUCCCGCAAGGAUUCGCUGAUGCCGUGAAUGCACAAGCCGGGCUACCUGCUGCUCGGGCCGAGGGCAGCCAACAA